GUUCGAACGCAUCUUAAAGUGAGUUCCGGUGUGCGGAGUUUCCAUUUAAGUGAUCCUGAUAUAAUAUUGAUGUGAGUGAACAAUUUCAAGACGUCACCGAAGUUCGGCAAGGUGGAUAACAAACCCUUCACGACGUUGAAUUUUACGGACCUGGGUUCCCCGUUCGGGGGGCCCAACGAGGACCCGCCGGGCACGCCGUCGAUGGCCGGCGAGGGGCACAUCGGACCGCCGACGCCGCACGAGAGCAACAACUCGACGCCGGUGUCGAAGAGCGCCUUCAUCGAGCUGCAGCAGCACGGCUACGGGCCCUUGAGGACGUCCUAUCCGCACCAUUUCAAUUCGCCGGCGGGAAACGCGCAUUCAGGUCCGACGGGGGGCCACGACGGCGGCUUCCCAAGUCCCCGGGGCGCCCUCGGCGCUUAUCCCUUUCCUCCCAUGCAACAGCAUUCCUAUACGGGUUAUCAUUUGGGAUCUUACGCUUCGAAUUGUCCCCCAUCGCCCAAAGAUGAUGAUAAGUGUCUGUCGCUGGAGCGGCCGUCGGGGGGCGGCAAAGGUAAAAAAAUGCGCAAACCUCGGACGAUAUACUCCAGCCUGCAGCUCCAGCAGUUGAACCGGCGAUUCCAAAGGACCCAGUACCUGGCGCUGCCCGAAAGGGCAGAGCUGGCGGCCAGUUUGGGCCUGACGCAGACCCAGGUGAAAAUAUGGUUUCAAAAUAGACGAAGUAAAUACAAGAAAAUGAUGAAGGCUGCCCAAGUGACCGGGGGUACGAACAACAACGGUACGCCCAGCGGGCAUUCGGGUUUGUUAGGUCCUAAUUCAAAUAUGCCCUCGAGUAGUCCCGGACCCCAAGGGCAGAAUAUGAUGCAAGGUAGGAUCAAAAUGGAAGGAGGCGGCUCAUCGAGCGGCAGUCCGGCGACCGGGGGGUACAUUCAGCACCCCUCGCCCGCGCCCAGCUCGACCCCCGGCUCCGACAUGUCGGGCGGCGGAACGCAACCGGCCGCCAGUCCCGGCGCCGGCGGGGGCGGCGGGGGCGGCUGGGGCGACAUCAAACCCCACCAGCAAUCCAUCCACCCGCCGCCGCACACGAGCCAUCCGCAUCCGCACCCGCCGCCCCACAACUACCUCCCUCAGUAUUCUUGGUAUCCCACGGACAAUCCAGGUCUCUUAACGGUUUGGCCAACUGUUUAAUAGAAGAUAUAAGUGAAUAGUUACUAAUUAAAUUAAAACAUAAUGAAACUCUUUAACAAAGGAACAGUGACGACCAGUGACUAAAUGUAUGAUAUAUGUUACAAUUCUCUUGUUGCUUUAAGUUGGAUACGUUUGAGUUGGGCUUUUCUCAGUGUAUAAAUCGGUUUUUUGUUUGGAUCUCUGGAGAGAUGUGAAACAUGAAUCAAGGUGCAAUAUGUGAAUAAACGAUAAUUAAAGUAUCGCCCGGUUUUAUUUCCAUCGUAUUGUGUGGUUACAAUCUGUAAUUUUUUUUAAUUGCUACUUUAAUUGUCGUUAAUUGAAAAAUGAAAACAUGGAAAUAUGUAAUAUAGAAGUACGUACUGGUUCUGUUAUAUUUUUAAAUAGUUGUGAUUUUAUUGUUUAUAUAGUUUUGUUAAUGAUGAACGUAAGUGUAAUAUUUUAGCAAAUUUAUUCAAUUUAGUACUAUUUAAAUUAAAUUAAUGCAAAACAUGCAUCCCAAAUUUUUGAUUAACAUUGUUUAUUUUACGAUGACUUUUUUUAUUUCAUGUUGUACAGGACAAUUUGAAUAAAAAAUUAUUAGGCGACUCUUGCCUAUAUAAUUUAUUGCUAAAAUUGGUGCAUUUCAAUUAACUAUUAUAAUUAAAUUAGUUGUGAUAUAAUUAAAUUGUUAACAAAACUAUCAUUUUAUGAACAGCAAAGUACUCAGUAUUUUUCACAAAAAAAUCAAUGGAAUAAUUUUCAUCGGAUUAUAUUUUGUAAAUUUCAAAUAUGCCAACGUAAUUUUUAUCUGUACUACUCAGUACUUUGCUAAAUAAGUACCCCGUUGCAAAAUACAUGUGGUAAGGACAAACAAAAAUAACUUAUUGCUUUCUAUUUGAACGAGUGCGGAAGAAAAGCCAAUCUUUAUCACUUGUAUUGUAAUUUUUGGUGCGUUAAUAUUUCUGUUAUAUAUUGUAUAAAUUAAACAAAACGGCGCCCAUCCGGUUCUUAUUCAUUUUGUAAAAAGUGCUUUAGCGAACGAUUUUUUUUUGUCUAGUGAUUCUUGUAUUAUAUAUUAUUAAAAACUCAUAGUUGAUGAUUGUACGGUGUGUGUCGAGACGAGGAUGAUGUACCUUAUUUGUAAAGUAGUUCUAAUCGAAAAAUUAGAAAGGAAAGAAUUAUAAAUAUUACAUGAAAAGAUAUUUCUAAAUGUGUAAAAUAU